AUGCCUGCAGAAAUCGUCAUGAACGCCACUAUCCCGGCCCACCCCUACUUCCCUGCGGAGGCUGUACUACCAGGCUACGUUGCCAACACGUUUGGCGCGCAUGCUUUGCGUGGCAUGUUUGCCGCAGGGGCAACCGCCAUCCUCAUACCGACAUACCGCAUCAUCAAAAGAACAAGCCCGAAUCUUCCUAAUGGCGAGGUCGCCACGGCACUGUGGUUCACUCUAAGCGCCUUUAUCCAUCUCUUCUUCGAAGGCUACUUCUCAUACAAUCAAUCAAGCAUGCCAGCAUCCCUACACAUAUUCGGCCAGCUCUGGAAAGAAUACUCCCUCUCCGACUCCCGCUACCUGACCCAGGACUCCUUCAUCGUCUGCAUGGAGACCAUCACCGCAUUCUGCUGGGGUCCGCUGUCCUUCGUGUGCGCAUACUUCAUUGUCAUCGGGCAUCCCCUCCGCCACCCACUGCAGAUCAUCAUAAGUCUUGGGCAGCUCUACGGCGAUGUCUUGUACUUUGCGACGUGCUCCUUUGACAAGCUCGUUGCCAAAAUGAUUUACUGCCGACCUGAAGACUUUUACUUUUGGUGUUAUUACGUCUUCUUCAAUGCCUUUUGGAUCAUUAUUCCUUUCUAUCUCAUUAUCAAGAGCUGCGCGGAGACGAGGCGGGUCUUUGCAAAGGUUGCUCAGUUGGAGAAGAGCUCUUUGAAAAAGGACAUGUGA